AUGAAUGACGCAGCAUCGGCCUGGCAGACAACUGGCAGUGAUUUCGGACGGAACCUGGAUAAGUUGGGACGCAAACGACCAAUGAGACGCAGUGAUGAGUGGUCCUUUGCUUUCCCCGGCGAACCCUUGAAAACGGGCACGACUUACAGAAACGAAUUCAAAACGCCUUUGAAUAGUAUGUCUCUUCAUUUUUUUACAAGUUUUGUUAUUAUGGUAAUUCCUAAGGGAGUGCAAAGGCAGGAGACUGCAGAUAAGACGCCUAAGUAUGCAUAUAGGCCAUGCAACGAAAAUGCGAAUGUGCGGAUUAUAAAAGGCUAUGAAAAUUUUGCAUGGUGUCCACAUGUAGUACUGCUCUCAGCAAUGCCUGUCAGGAUGAAAAGCCGACAGUACUCUGGUAAAUGAAAAAUCCCACUACGGUUUGCUCAAAUGAUUCGAAUUCCGAAAGGAUGUUGAUGCCAUACUUAACCGAUGUUUCUUGUGUUACAUCUGGCGUGACACCCUGACCAUGAAGGAGAAAGUGCAAAUACAGAUAUCGGCUAAAACUUUGGCUAGAUUUACAGUUUUUUUAUUAUGAUAACUGUUGUCCUUGAUCGGUGGGAUUUCUGAGCUUCCUUAUAAUGGCAUCAGUAGGUAGUAUCUGGGAAUUUUGUCGGAAUCUGCCGUAUUCUACAGGCUUUUUUAGGAAUAUGUUAGCGAAACGAGUAAAUCGCAAAAAAUAUAUCCAACAAACCAAGGACUGGCAUACAUUUUAUUCUGUAUUUCAGCGAGUUGAUCUGAACACUCAUGUUUGCACAAAUAUUAAAGACAUUAAAGUUUUAUUCUAAGUUCUUGGGUAAAAAUAGAGUUAUGAGUGGGAAAUCGCCUCAAGCCAAGAAAAAUAUACAAGAAUUUGUAGGUUGGAAAUUAACAACUAGAAAAUAAUGAAGAAGCAGACAUGAUCGCUGAGACAGGAGUUUAUUCGCCUGAUGUUUCGACGGGCCUGUAAAGCCACCUGCGCAACCGGUGCAUGCGCAAAAGGAACGAAAGGCCAGACCACACGGACCCCAAAUUUUGGCGAACGCUUCCGAAUGUAAAGAACUUUUUGGACGCUGUCGAUCGCCUUUCCGCACUACAUGGGGUUGGAGUUGCACACGGGCCGGAGGUAACCAUCAAGCUUCAGGUAAUGAGACGGAAAGAUCUAUUGCCAUGGUCGGGAACGUCUGGAGUCGUUCAUCGGAUCUGUUGCAGUUGUGGACAAAGCAACUACACCGGAGAGACUGGAAGACUGCUCAGAAAGCGAAUGGGCGGACACGAGGCAGCAGCUCCCAAGUCGCGACUCAUGCGACAAGAUCCGGCCAAACGCACGAAUUUGACGAGACAGAAACCCUCGCUAGAAGUGGCAACCGCGUGAGCCGCGAGCUGCUUCAGCCAUGGUUUACUGGCCCCUAGUCUAUUAACAAAUGCAACGACCCUCCCAUUUAAUACUUUGUGCUGGGACUUCGACAAGGCAGAGUGAUUAUCCAUGCGGGGAGCGCAAAGGCGAACACUGUUCCUAAUGCCAGGGUCGGCGGGUCAGAUGGUCGAGCAAUAAUCACACCAGCACUCAACACCAGUGAUAAAAUUGCAGCACUUAACGACGCGAGUAUCGGCCACAGAAGGGUCAUCAAAGUCAAGUGCAACAGUCCUUGAUGAAGGGGGGGGGGGUGAGCCGUGAAUUUCCAUAGGCAUGCAGUUCCAUGUGACUGCAUUCUAUAAAUACUGCAUCCCCUUGUUCAUGAACCACCCGUAUCGCCUAUUGUUUUUGAUGAUGGAUUUGCGCAGGAAUCCGAAGCGUCAGGUGAAUACAAGCCUUGUCCCAAAGAUUGUGCAUCCUUCUUACGAUUUCUUCCUGGAAAACGUCUAUUCGCUUCUUUUGGCAAUUAAAAAACUAUUUCGUUUCCCAAAAGUAAACGCAAGCAACCCACUUGGAUAGACUCUAAUCAAGACAAACAGGAUUUUUGAGAGUUUUAAAAGAGAGAUUAUGUUUAUACACACCUUUCUGUCUCGCGUUAAAUUUUACCCACUCACAAUAAAUUCGACGAAACGUGCGUGAAAAAAACUUUAUUAAAAAAUCCUAUUAUUACGAAAAAAAUGAUGUGUUUUGGAAUGUUUCUAAGUUUAGAAAUCACUGUAAGUUAUGAACACCGAUACCGGAUUUAAACUGAAGAAAGAUAUUACUAUAGGCAUUCAGGGCUAAAUUUGAAGGUGAUCUUCUAUUUGUCAGUCAAGAAAAUGGAAAACUAACUGACUACAUUUUGCCGUAUAAAAAUAUUGGCUUUCGUUCAUGAAAGCAAUCUGAACAAGGUUGUUGGAGUGAAAGUAAACUUAUUGUGGCAAAGCACCUACUUUGUUGGGCUGAUUCAUACUUACAUUUUUUAAGAUGCCUCUUCUUGGAAAAUGGUCAAUUUACGUGCAUUCUGACUCUAUUAUACACAAGGUUUUUGACAGAUUUGACUAAGUCGUGUGACCAAAUUGUAAGUGAUUCGGCGGCCUUGUGACAUACAAGCCGAUAUGAGCAAGGGCAAUGCUUGAACAAAGCCCAGGCCCAAACCACCUGCGCUAUGCACCUCGACUAAGAGAUGCGAGUUUAAUUUCAUUUAGGUCGACCGAUCAGUACGAGCAAUUGCGACGCAUGGAAUUCGUCAAUUUUUAAACGGUAAGCUGACCAUUCCAGCAGGAUUUGCAAGCGAACGAAACAAAAUCUCCUGAUGUCUAUAGAAUGAACACUUCAUACUUCUACUACCAAAACCUCAUUGUAAAGUUGGACUGGUAGUUAUCUAGUGGAACCUGGAUUGGUUGCUUGAGGAAUUACACACAGUCAAUUAGGUUCCUGCAUAUGAAUUUGUGGAUCCCAUACGUUGCAGACAGUUUGGCGAGUACGUUGGCUGAAAAUAAAUGACAUUUACGGUUUUUGUAUUGCUUUAAGUAUUCAUAUGAUCAUGGGUGACUUCAACAUUAAACUCAUAAAAAUAUCUUGUUUGCACAAGGCACAUUCGGUUACUUGUAAUCCCAGACAUUUUAUCGCAGAGUUAAAAAUUUUGUCCCUAGUAAAGCCAUUUAGUCAUACUGCAUUGUUUUUGAAGCGUACAACGCGAAUAGUGGCCAACAGUUUACAGCCGUCUAAAUAAAGCAAUUAAACUACCGCCUUGACACACAGUGUUUGCUAAACGAAAAUUUAAAUUAGUUUCCUGAACUACAUUCGCUUCCACAGUGAUUUUGUUGCACAAACUUCUCUGGACGAAAUGCUACUCCGAAACGAUUGAAAGUCCUCCCGAACAUAAGUUUUUACAUUAUCUUGCUCGCCGACAGUCGUGCUCGGGGAUAUCUCCUUCUGCAUAUUGGUACAGUGACUACCAGCAGGGCAGGUGUUGUGGCGACAAGCGCCUCGUACAAAGUGAUUGCUGCGUAUCAACACACUCUUUCUAACUGACGCGCUUAUUGUCAUUUCACAGCCCCUGUCUGCUGUAUUCGCAGGAACGGACAACAUGAUGUGUACAGCAGACAACGACGACUGCUGUGUGCGCUCAAAUUAUUUAAUCUGAAAACCAUAAUUUAUCAGGCCACGGUCUUUUUAAUACCCUCCAAACAUAUUGCAGAUUUUUGCAAAAUCCGACCUGAGCCUCCUUUUGUUAUGUUAUAAAACGAGUUGUUCAUACCAUUACGCGUGACAAGAAAAGGGCCUAAUGGCAAAAAAGUAUUCACAUGUGUACUCUUUGUUACCAACUGUAUCUUACGCACACUGUUUCAUUCAAUGACAUUUCUAUAAAUCUCAGGUUGACCUGAGUGUGGGCGAAGAAAAGGGUAGGGGAAAAGUGACCUACAAUCCUUUUGCGGUUAUAAGGUGUCUAAAUUAUUGGAGGCAUUUUAAAGCCCCCUAAGAAGGCGGUCGUCAGUGAAUUGAAUGAUUUUCUGUCCGGAUGUAAAAAAACAUAGAAAACUCUCUUCUUAUUCCGAAAAAAUCAGUUUUUGAGGCUUAAAUUAAUACUACCCGGUAUUUUCAUAUCUAUGAGCACAAAAUGUGAUGACAUUUCAAAAUUUGAUACUACAUUUUUAGUAUUUUGGGAUUGACUAUUCCGGACAAUCAACAUUCUGAGCACUGAGCUUGAAUGUCGGCACUUAUUUUGUGUCAAAUUCUUCCGACAUGUUUCAACAGAAUUUCAGUUAACUGCUAGUGGGUCUUUUUGAUCGCAAAUCAUAUUGGUUUUUAUUUUAGGUGCGUAACAUUCAUAUUUUCAGCUUAUCCUUCCCCAGGGCUCUACAGAAAAUGUACCGAAAAAUAACAAAAACACUCACAUCUGGAAUGAUUAUCUCAUAUCUGCCUUAUGGCCAGCGCGUAGGGCCGGCGUAAAAAACUGAACAUUGUUAAAAAGGAAACCAAAAUCUGUAUUUUAAACCUGUGAUUUGGAUCACAAUCAUUUAAUCACUUAACAUGAGCACGGACGUUUACCGCAUGACAAACGGUAUUUAAACUCCUUUGAAAUUACCUGCCUAUAUAUAUGGCACCUAGACCAACACAGUAACGUGUAAACUGCUUUAUUGCCUCAGAAUGACAGGCCCACAUAUUCUCGGUAUCAUCAGUGAUCUGUUAACCCGAUGUCCUCUGUACAAAUCGGGAAUCUAAUGCCAAUUAAAAAGAAUGUUCUAGAGCUAUUGAAUAUCAUGAAAACUAUUAGCAGAUAUAACAUAAGCCUUUACAGUAAUGAUACGUCACCGUGCAACUGUAGGUUUCGCCCUUAUUCGCCUAAAUGACCUAGUCAGUUAGUCGUUUAAACGGUGGAGCUUUGAUAACAAGUAUGUUCUAUUUUACAGUCGUAUAGAAAUUUACAGAGCAGCUUCUGGUUAAUAUCUCGUCCUUGUCGACCACAGAGCUCAGUUGAACAAGUAAAUGCAGUUCAUUUUUGAAUGGCUUUUUUUGCGACGAAAAGAAAUAAGAGUAACUAAAAAGCCUUAAACCCACAGUCCAAGAUAUAUCUGUUACAAAUGGUACGUCUGCUAACGUGCGUAUGGCACGUUUAAAAAAGCAUCGACAGGCAACGAUUUUUAUACUAUUAUUCGAAUACCAGACAAUGGAUGCGCAAAAUAAGUAAGUUUAAUGGAGGGAUUGCAUUUAUACAAUCACUGCGCUCGUGGCUAAGUAAUCUAAGGCGUUGGACUUCCAAGCUUCAGGUCGCGGGAUUGAGCACCAGGCGUUCAUACCUCAAGCUUAGAUAUGACUGCCUGAUGACGACUAAUGAGUCAGAAAUGGCCAUUCCAGUCUACUUUGUCUUUGCUGGAAAUGCUAUCCUGCCUACAGUUAUCAUACAUGGAUUGACAAGGAUGGGUACCUAAGCAAGCAUAUUUUUCGGGAAGCGCUUCUUUUGGCAUGAAGAUGAAGAUAUAAUGACGGGUGAUUUAUUGUCUGAAGGUUAUUACUGACAAAGACAAGGGGGAUUGGAAUGGCCAUUUCUAGCUUGUUAGCUGUCGGCAGCCAGUCGCACCCUAUCCCGAGGUGUAGAACAACUGGAACUCGAACUCGCGACGUGUUAGUUAGAAGUUCAACGCCUCUAACCAUUGAGCCACAGGCUCGUUUUCCUGUCGGUUUAGAUCGGGAAUAUACAAUGGUGGAGGGGCACCCACCGAUCGUUUUUACGGAACCCAUUCGUUCUGUCGUGCCUUAUGGGCUCUCUUUCGAGCCCAAACAGCAGCCACACAGCGGCGCAUGAUAAAGGCAGAAUGUUAGCAACAGUGGUUGGAGGCGUUGUGCUUCUAACUAACAAGUUGCGAGAUCGAGCCUCAGGUGUUCCACAAUUCGGGGUUGGGUAUGACUGGCUGACAAAGGCUAAUGAACCAGAAAUGAGCACUCCAGUCUCCCUUGUAUCUGUCGGUAAUUACAUUUAGUUGAUUUAUCCUCCACCGUGUUUGCUUUCUUGACGGCUCCUAAAGGGACGUUGGACCGUUUACCUCUGAUUGCCUCUCCACGGUCUGAACUGAUAGGCCAGGAGCAAGGGCAAUUUUCAAAUUUAACAUUUCCGAUCUGAACUUCUCCAUUGGUCAAAAGUGACUGAAGCUACGGAGUUAAUCAAUUUACGGUUUGAAGCGUCGAAUUCAAAUUCGCAGGUCUUGUUUAGAAACAAAUGUGAGACCUUUUGAAAAUACAUAUUGUCUGAAUGUUGUCUGAUUAUUUCAUUUUACCCAACGUACUUGUUUACACACUUUUUUCGCCAAAGAAUAUUCACAUCUCAAAUUUAUUUUUACGUUGUCCCAGGUAUCUCAUUAAAAAUGUGCCAACAACAGACAGGCUAAAGACAGGCAAGUAACUCUAUAUUGCAACUGCCUCUGCUGAAGAGAAGAUAAAUGGGGUACAUUUUGUUUUGCCAAGUUGAUAAGGCACGACGCAUGCUAAUUAGUCCUCAAAGCGCAUUUGUAAGAUAUAGGUGUAUAACACUUUUACAUUGUUUUUACAUUGCAAAACCUUAAUUUCCAUCCCUGUCAUAAGGAUUUAAAACAUUCAAGAUGGGAGAAUGCUGUGUUAAUGUCUGCCUGUCAUAUUUUCUGGGAACGAGAUAAGUGAACACAGCAAACACUUACAGUAGGUGAGAUGUCUCGCGAUAUUUCAAUUGAAAAUCCGAAAUAUGUUAACGAUUCAAAAAGAUUACUUAAAAUGUAUAGAAACUUUGAAGAGGACAUGGUUUGCUAUCAAUUGAGUACAAGAAGGAAUCUUUUAUGCACUUCGAAAAAUAAAUAUUAUUUAAGGAAGUAUUUUUACAGAGUGCUGUUCUUUCCAGACGACCGAAAAGGCCAUUCAGAAACAAGUAUGUUAGCGAGACUUACAGUGCGUGACCUAUCUCAUGAAAUGUUGGCUGAAAUUCUGAAAACGUUUUCGAUUAGGAAGGAUUACUUGGUCGCGGUUGUGAUACUGAUUAUCAUAAGGCAUACUUUGAUAAAAUUUUGACUCGGCAGGAUGUCGGCUUUUAAAUGCACUUCUUUUCAAUCUCCUGUAGAAAGCGUGCUCGGUAAAACAUGACUACUUAAGUAGCAUGCAUUUUCCCAUUGAUUUUCGAUGGUCUUGCAAAUUCAAAUAUAUUUUAUAUAAAACCACAAACAAAAAUGUGCUUUCUUUUAGUCAAUCAAUAGAGAAUCACGUCUCCUUUAUAUUUUAUACUUAAGGAAGGUUAAUAGUUAGGUUUUAAAAAAGUUUCUUAUUAUAAGACUUUUUAAGACCGCGAAAUGUCCAUUCGCAUAGCAUCGUACCUGGCCGUUUACCACUGCUCCUCAUGAAAUACACAACAUGAUCCGCAUCCAUUGCAAAAUUUUAUGGACUCUGUAUAAUAUCUCUUUAAUGACAUAGAAAAAUAUAAAAUUUUCUUUACGCGGAACGCAUGCACCUUUUAGAGUGUAAUCACUGAUCGUUAAUGCAACGAAUGAUCAGGCUCCAAAUGUUUCGUCAAUUAGAAAACUUUUUUUAAACCUAAUUAUACUACUUCUUUAAGUAUAAAAUAUAAAGAAGACGUGAUUCUCUAUUGAUUGACUAAAAGAAAGCACAUUUUUGUUUGUGGUUUCUAUAAAAUAUAUUUGAAUUUCCAAGACCAGCAAAAAUCAAUGGGAAAAUGCAUGCUACUUAAGUAGUCAUGUUUUACCAAGCAUGCUUUUUACGGGAGAUUGAAAAGAAGCGCAUUUUAUAGCCGACAUCCUGCCGAGCCCAACAUUUUAUAAGAGUAUGCCUUAAGUUAAUCAGUAUCACAACCGCGACCAAGUAAUCCUUCCUAAUCGAAAACGCAUUUCAGAAUUUCAGCUAACAUUUCAUGAGAUAGGUCACGCACUGUAAAUAUUUUAGAAUUCUGCUGCAAGAUAAUUGGUAUUACAGACCUACCUAGGUAUUUAUUUCAAAUCGAAAACAUAUUUCAUAAUUCAGUUAGAAUUUUAUGUGAGCGCAUCUACUGUAUGCACUCACGGACCAAGUGGUUUAAAAGCUUACAUUUAAAAUAAAAAUUUCUUCAACGAAAUCAGAAAACACAACACUGACCAAUUCCACUUAUUCUUAAUUAUGUGUAAGGACUUAACCAGUCAGAUUACAUUUCUCUUCGGGAAGGAAUUGUCUCUUCAUAACAGCUAACACUUUGAUAGGUCUCAAUACGUUUAACUUCUCAAAAUUUAAUUCCCUAUUACCGUCAUCUUAUACCGUCAUUAAAGCUCAGAUAUUAUUGAGAAGGAAUUCAUAAACUUAAAAGUUGACGAAAUCGUUACGUAUGUGCUCUCAAGUUUUUGAUUUCGAUUUUUUGAUCCGAUCACAUGUCUCGAUUUAUAGAACUGGCGUAAUUUGCUAUAAGCAUUUAGAUAGGCCUUCAUAAUGACUUCAGUUUGUUUGUAAAUUUAUCCUACGAAGUAUUUAUAAGAAGUGGUUUUGUAAACUCUUCUAGCAAACAAUUGUAGUUGUUGCAAAAAAAUACGCCGAGGAUAUUUUCGAAAAUAAAAAACCUCACUGGUUGUACGCUCACGUGGCAAAGGAGAGUCAUUUUCAGAAAGUUAUUUUUAAACGACACCCUUUUAAUCUCCUUAUAUUAGAAUCAGUAGGCUCCAUAGGACAUCAAAAUUAUAUGACGAUGCUGAAUUCCAGAACCACGCUUGUUCAGAGUUAUAUUACAAGUUACUGAUUCCUUGCAUAUAAGCCCUCGUAGUAGUGUAUCCUCACAGAUCGCAUUAAAAGACCUGAUUUGCAUUUUGUGAGAGUUUACUGAACUGCGGCUUAAACUGUCUACUUAAACCCGUUUUAAUUGUUAUGUCCACAGUUGGAAUAUUUGCUUAGUUUGAGGGCGACAAGCAACAAUGUGUGCUGUGGUUCUUUUUGUUUGUUUGCCGCACUGUGUGGUCAUUCACAGGUUCGAGGCAGUUGCACCAUCUGUUUCUACUGAAGUCUAUUUGUCUAUACGUUGUCUGGCUAAUAUCAAUAUUUUAGACCCCUUCAGUGCAGUUAUUUAAUGUUGCCGAAUGUCAGGGCAGCAUGUAGGAAAACUAAAGUGUCAUAUUUUACACUCAUUACAUUUUUAACUCAGUGCAGUUGUGCAUUGAGGGCCGUGGGUUGAUGUGUGACCAAAAGUUGUCUCCAGAAUACUAGCACAACGAGAACUAGUUCCUUUACUUCUACUGACAGACCAGGUCCCACUUAUGACUUUCUAAUUUCACUUUUCAAUAAAUCUACAGUUACCAUUAAUUUAUGUUUGAGGAACGCCCUUUAAUGCUACACUUACUCAACAUGUGCAUGGAAAUCCGAAUUGGCCCUUGGACUCACUUGUCAAAAUUAAUAUACGAAAUAGGUGCUCGAGCUAUUGACUAUCAUUCGCGCGUUAUUCGAAGUCUGUACAAAGCCGCCUGAUGAGAAUACAGAAGACAAUAAAAUAAAAGUAAAGUAUGGGAUUCAAUACGUUUACUUCAGCCUUGCAGACCAAAUACUGCCCCGUAAAUACACGCAAAAUUUAAUAAGAGGAAGAUUAGUUUCACCUUAAACGGUAGUUUUUUAGAGGACAAAUGCUUACCCGUGGAAUACCAUUUCUUCGGGUUUGUGGUUGUUUGCUGAUGCCAUGGAGACCAGCUAUUUUGCGCCCUUUUCCGUGCUCGUGUAUCGAAGUAACCAUGCAAAAAAACAGCUGCGUGCUUUUUAACGUGAAGAAAGUUAACCUUCAGUUUCCUCGUAGCCACUUUCUAAAUCUCUCGCCAUUGACAGCGUUUCACAUCGAAAUAAUUUGUACGCCAUCUCUCUAAAAAUCCCCGUGAAGAUUGUUUGGCAUUCUAGUACGUAUAUUUUUUCUCGAACGAAAUUUGUUCGAUUUGCUAAACAGUUAAUGAUCAGUAAAUAGCACCCAGACCAGUGAACGUAUGCGAUGAAAUGACAAAUAAGUAGCUAAGCAAACGAAAUGCCGUCAGGUACCUGGACGCUUACAGUAUGCGUAUGUUUUUAUAGAAUAUUCGAGAUGGAGGCGCCUAGUUUAGGCGAUUAAUUAGGACACGUUUACAUCAUCAAAUAAACCUCCGGAUAAGUGGUUUUUAUCCGGAGCAAUCACAGGUUCUGCAUUGGGUUCUUCGGCAAAGACAGAAGCGGGUUGGAACAUGGAAACUACCGUUGUCUCCAUCUCGGAAAGACCUUUCGGCCCACACGUACACGGUAGGCUACGCGGACAAUUUUCUACGCGUCAAAAAACUUGCUUUGUUUUCACCAGAUUUGUGAUGCGUUAUUGCUCUCCUUGAUUCGCCUCAUAACGACGUGUGGGUUGUUUCUUUUCUGGGCAAGUGAGGACUCCUCUAGCUAACAGACUUUUUCUCGAUGGGAGGCGUUCAGGGCAAUACUGCAUAGGAAAGUUAUAUGUGAUGGCCUCCUGUUGCAACGCAGGGCACCUAAAAUAGGUCACUCAUUAACAAUGAAUGUGCGUUAGCAGCUGAGACUUAUGCUUUUAGGCGCAGGGCCGAAUCGUGCCAAAAAUAAACACUUCAGAUGAUGUGUUGACAGAUGUGAGGGUGGAUCCCUUUAGCAGUCAGGCAUCAUGGCAUAGGUCUCAGAACAACAUCGCAAGUGUUGGCCUUCCUGUCUGCUGCAGUUUUUCUGGUGAUUAUAUCAUUUUAAUCAAGGCAAAAUCAACAAAACAUGCAGGACAAAAUUUACUGAUCAGUUCUCCAUUGGUGUACGGCUAUUGCGUAUUUAUGAGAUAAGAUAAACUUUUUCAGCCAGAGAUCGACUUAGAGAGAUAACACGUGAUAGGUACAUAAAACAUAGACGGUUGUGUAAGAUGUGGUUUGGUUGCCCCACCUCAUGGGCACAAUACUGAUGGGUUUGGAGCUAAGGGUUUGGGUUAUGGUCAGGGGUCAUGGCUCGGGGUUAUGGCUAGGAGUUAUGGAAAGAGGUUAGGGUUAAAAGCCAGGGUUAAGGGGCAGGGGUUGAAUUAGGGGUUAUAGUUAGAGGUUAGGGUUAGGCGUUAGGACAACUAUUUUUUAGCCAUUCAGAGUACAAUCGCACAUACAGCUACUUCACCUCGCUGCCUGUGCGUUCCCCGGCCCCACCUGCAAAAACCCCUAUUGCCGCCGGUCCCGUAUUAGAUGUGACUGGGGUUUGUUUACUUGAGUUGGGGAUACAUAACCGCAUCCGACCGACGGUUGGUCUGAUACGCGGGAGCGCAUGGCGCGGGAGAAGGGGGAGGGAAGUUAUCUAAGCAAGCGAGUUCAGAUUACAGUGAAAACCUGCCAGACGUGAUUAAAACUUCGACGCCCGGGUCAGCGGUCAGUCAUGCAGGUGGAGGAAGAGGACGGAUAUGCCAUUGGGGUUACGUCCAAUAUAAAUCCCCACUAUGGCCGUGAGAGGCUGAUCACGUGAUCCACCCGCGUACGGGGUUCUUGUCUUCGCCUUCAUAACACAGCGGCCUCUGCAAAGUGCAUUGACUGGGUCCAACACAUGGCCUUUUCCCAUUAGGUGCUUCAUAACUGAAGUCUUGGGCACCUAAUUUACCGCCUUUAACAGUUAAUUCGGACGUGUUUAUUUGACCGAUCUUCAACUGCCUUUUGCGUGCUACCAAUGUAUCCGCACACGCAGAUGCAUUUAAAUCAUAAAACAGUUUGAUGUGACGUUAUAGGCAGAAUGUCCUUGGUUGGUCUAACUGCAGUAGCCGCUGUAGUGCCGUUUAACAACAUUUGAACUGAUUAGCUAAUUAAUUUUAAUUAGCGUCCCAAAAUAAAUUUCAGUAAACACCACAACAAUUUUGUCGUUCAUCUGUCUUGGAGCCGUCCGGUUCAUUACCGUUUUACAAAGGCACGUUGGAGGGUCUAAAGUUCGAGAUUACCGAGAUCACAAAUAAAGGAAGAUAGUGUUAUUAGUAAAGUUUUACUGAGGGGAAAGAGCAUGCAUGCGUACCAGCUGGAAGGUGCACCAAACGUUCCCUUCGGCCGGAUGGUACUCAUUGAGUUUGUUCGUACCGGCGCGGGGCGCAUGCCUGCUUCUGAACUUUGUCCGCCUGCUACCAGUCAGUGAGUCGACUGGGGUCAAACUUCCAAAACGACAAGAGUAAAUUACGUGCGACUCAUGCGAAUGAUUGACAGUGGGUGAUAGAUGGACUGAAGAAGACAGGAGUGAUCGGCGGCGCUGGCGAUCGCGCCAGCGGGCUGCCGCACAAAUCCCCACAUCCGGCGGAUGUCUGUGUGCAGACCGUGAUCACUUACAUUCACCUGACUCAUGGUUGCCCACCAAUAACCAGACGUACGGAAAACUAAUGUCAGAGCUCGCGAACGUGUACAACUACUAGAAGAAGGAAACAAACUUAGUGCGAAUAAUAAACUGGAGAUAGGGAAAUCGGAAAGCGCGACAUGUCUAAAUAAAACAGUUCUUGGAAUGAUGAAAUCUGUACGUCGGAGGAUCUCCGCAAACAUCUAUUGAACACGAAAAUGUGUCCAAAAAGGACGUGAUAAACGCUGAUAAUUACCAUCAGCGUUUUGGGUAUCGUUUUAUAAAGUAUCAUCCUCGUCUCAGUUGUAUUCUUAGAACGUAAAUAUGAUGAUCAAGUGAAAGUCAAGGGCAAGGUUCUGUCAAAAGUUUUGGCACUCUUACAUUGACGAGGUUGUUGGAGACGGAAGGGUGGGCAGUCGCUUUUUGUGGGUUGAAUAAAAUUGUCUGCGCCCGACUCCUUGCUAUGCUGUCACAAUGCGUUCUUCAAAAAUAUUUGAAGAUUGUGCUGAAAUUUCUCCUAUCGUAUUUUCACAACUCUUUAUCAUACUGUGUUUGAACAAAUUGAGGCAACUUCGCUCUUACUAAAACACUGACUUUCUAAAACGAUAACCAGCUUUAAAACUUCCGAAAAAUCCCAUUGUGGCAUAAAUAUUUUGAAAUGGACCACGGAGAUGAUAAAAUUUUACUUUGAGUAAGGCAUAUAUGCUUGAGGAUACCUCCGGAAAACAAUCACCAAUUGCAGCCCCUACAUUUUAUCCAAAUUCAUCGAAUUUUUAUCGGUAUUGUCAAUCAUUUACUACCGCAAAAGAAAUUCGGAAAAGGUAAAGUCAUUGCUUAUUUGCAAACGUGCAAGACGGCCAUUCUCCCAGCUCGCUAUAGCCUACUUUUUAUGCAUUUAACAGAUUAAAAUAGUUUGAACAGUGAAUGAAUGCAAUCAAAACAUCGAAACAUGAGACACGACCAUUGUUGCUGCAGCAUUCGGUUAAACUUAGUCCGCAACGGGAUUCGAACGUUACAGAUGUUUGCCACAAACUAAAACAGGCCUGCACACAGUACCUUUCAGAGAUUGAGGCGACUGACCAAAAAUAUAAAUUAAUUUUCCACGACUAGUAAAUUGAGAUAGGAUAAUUCUACCGCUUUACAGGAUGUGACCUAUUACUUUGCAUAACACAGAAUAAGACUGUGCUAUUGGGUACAAUCCAACUUCGUCAUGUGAAUAUGCAAAACAGCAUCAUGGCCUUUCCAUCAGUGCCUUUUGCGAAAUAAAAAGUAUAGAAGGACAAUGAUUCUACCUGUGUAAUUGUCUAUCAUGCCUACGACGCAAAUACUAGCUAAAGGCCCAGUCAAUCCUGUUUCGCCAAUCUUGUGCGCCGCCUGAUGCAGCUGCCAGGGAUUCAGCUCAGCUGUGGAUUUUCCAGUCUCCAGUGUUUUCUGGUAUAUUAACUCUAGUAACAGAAACCACGCGGAGAAGGUUGGGGGACGCGAUGAUGAGCCGAACCCCUCGCCGUUGCGUCAGGCAGCGACAUAAGAUUGGCGAAACACGCCUGGCUGGGCUUUUAACUACUUUCUGUUUGUCAGUUUGGCAAAUAAUUACACAACUGUAUGUUACUGGCUACCUGUUGGCUGUUUUUGAGUCUUACGCGGUUAUUCUGCAGCAGCUGACUGAUUUCAACUCAAAUAUUUCUAUUAACCCUCGGGCCGUGCCUGAAAAGGUCUGUUUUGAAGACUUUACUCCAUGUUCGCGCAUUAAGUUCCUCGGAAAUAAAGCAAAGCAAUGGUUCUAUUUGUUGUGGUUCUUCAGCUAAUUAGCAUUGAAGUUGAAAAGAUCUGCAGAAAUCCGAUAUUUGCUUUGGUAUCCUUCUGCAAGAAAGCUACUUAUAAUAAGGCGGCAUGAUUUUAGUAAAUAUACUUGCUCUCCUUAUCAUAAAACGUUAGAAUUGGCGGUCGGAAGUCAGUUAGUUUACUUUGCAGGACUCAACACCACGCUCUGUUUACGAGAAAUGGACUGACAGCGGCGCCGAACUCUCACAGAACUCCUUAUGAAAAUUUAAUGCAAUAGUCAUUCAGGGUCCUUUGUCGCAUGGAGCCCUCUCGCAGAAGAGAAUUUUCCUAAUCCUUUGUGACGUGUAAAGUCACUUAUGCCAAGAGGUGUGCAUAAUUUAUGCUGAAGUCCGACUCUUCCUCCAUGGCUAGCAUCUUCGACAUCGGCUUCAUAGUUCGGCGGUGUAGUCAGUAAAUAACAAGGAGAAUAGACGGUAAACAUCUGCUUCUUCAGGAAACCAUCCUGAGGACAAAAAAAUUUUGCCAGUUUUUCCUGCCCAUUAAUUGUCUAUUCUUGCAUUGGAAAGGCCCUAGAUUUCGAGCGAAACCCAUCACCCACCAAAGCGACGGCAAAGGCUGGGAGGCCUUCACACAUUGCAAUCCCGAAAAUCGAUUCCCUCCUGAGACCUCCAUCUAUAGGAGCGACUUUCUACCCGGUGGUGGUAGGACGUCCAGUACUGCAGCAGAUGGAGGCAGCUGUCCGGCAGAAAUUCGUCCAAAGUCUCAACUCGUGGGUUCUACAAGUGAUCUGUCGGAGUACCAAAGCAACUACCACACCUGGUUUACUCUGCCUGCCCUGACUGAGACAAUGGAACGUUCGGGUGACUCCUGGAGACCCAAGCCUGCUGUCUACGUUGCCGAAGAUGCCGCCAGGAAAGAGCCCAUGGCCACCGCCACAAGUUACAACUCGGAAUAUGUGAAGCUGCCGAUUCUGCGUCGAAGAGAGUCGGGUGCAGCAAAUUUGGAGUCCACUAUAACUCGGUUGCGCAUUCUCAACGGUGGUGAGAGCGGGAAGGAAUUGAAGCCCCCCAAAAGCCUCUACAUGGAUACUUAUGUCGGACAGAGAGGUGCAGACAACUGGGCCUACCGCCGGGUACGGCAGCAUCCCAGUGCCGUUGCACAAACUGUGGCCCACGGAGCUGAGGAUGGGGACUACUGGCGGCGAGUCUUUAAGACUGAAUUUCCUCUGAACCCCAGUGCUGUGUACUUUGAUGCACAGCAGGCAACUGAGCCUGACGAAUGA